AUGCAAGCGGUCCGACGAGAGGAUAAUUCUCUAGAACGUGCUUCGGAUGAUUUGAAAAAAGAUUUGGAAAUUCUUCGCAAUGCUGUGAAGCAACGAUCCGUCGAGUUGGCUUUAAAAAACAAAGAAUAUAUAUUGCAGAAUAUGAAUGACAUGAUUUCAAUUGAAAUUAGAAACAAUCAACAGAUCAUGAAUGAGAUUUAUACAAUGAUUGACAAGUUUAUUCAACAGAGUUCCAUUCAAGAAAGCGAAAACAUUGAACAACACAACAAUGAGAUCAUCAAUCAAUUACAUUUUCAUCAACAAGAUGACCCUUUUCCAUCAUCAAAUUUUGAGGGAAUUUUUCAAGAAUUCGACACGAAUGACGUCACAUCAUCUGACAUGAUGUCAACUUUAAAUUCUUUACUGAUCCAAGACAGAGAUGAUGAUUUAUUUCCAUCAUCGAGUUUUGAAGGCAUGAUAGAAGACAUUAUUCAUCAACAUACAAACACGACCUCAACAAUACAUUCUCACACACCAACUUUGGAUUUUUCUUUCAUUUACCAAAUCCUUCAACAACAAGGUUAUACCAAUAUUCAAUAUCUGACAAGUUGUGGAUUUGGACAUGUUUACAAGGCAUGUAUUAAUGAUCAAUCAGUUGCUUUGAAAAUGAUAUUAUGGCCACCUACAGAUACUGCUGGAUUACAACGAGCAUUAAUUGAAGCCAUGAAUAUGGCAAGGUUAUUUCAUCCCAAUGUUGUACAAGUUCGUUCAGCCAAGCCGUUACGUCAAGUGUCAGCCAUGUUUAUUGAAAUGGAAUUGAUGAAAGGAAGUUUCAAUUCGUUGAUGAUUUCAAAGGAAAUUCGAGUUUCAGAGAAAAUGUUGAUUGAGAUUAUGAGACAAGUUUGUGGAGUGUUGGUGUGGAUGCAACAACAUAAUAUUGUGCCGAUCGACAAUAUCUUGAUCAAAGAAUUAGAUUUAGAAAAUGAAGAGAUUCAUAUUGCAAUUUCAGAUUUUGGAUUGGCGAAAGCUUCAGAUCAUACAAACAAUAGCUCGCUUGCUGGUACAUACUUGUUUUUGGCACCUGAAUUGGAAAAUGAAUUUCUUUUACCUGAAAGCAGAACUAGUCGUUUUUCAGUGGCCAGUGACAUAAGGUGUGGUGUCCAUGUUACAUUCAAACCCAUCACAAAGACCUUCCCUUCAACAAAUCAUGCCAGUGCUGAAAUAAAUGAAUUCAUUUAA